CGAUCCUCCACAGGUGGGGCGCCCUCGCGAGGGAUUGAUCGAGGACGAGGGUGAAGUGCGUCAGGAAGAUCCAGAACAGGAUCGACGUGAGCAAAGCCUUCGUGGCUGCGGGAAAAGCGGCGCGGGACUAUUGAGAUUGAGCUCAAAAGACGCUGUCGCAUCGGCAGGAUUUCGGAGUAACAAUCGAAGUGAAUCAUCUCGAUCCGAUGGCAGUGUUAUCGAAGCUGAUACUCGGGUUAUUAAAAUGAACUGUGAUACGUUGGUUUAGUAAUACUGCUAUUGAAUCGAGCAGAUUUGCUCCGAUUCGUGGCGCUGCCGAUAAAUUCUGCUGCUGGUACAACAGCGCGCUCCUUUUUUAUUUUUUGUUCUACGACUCUGAAAGACUCACAGCGAUUGAAGAAUGUGCCGAUGGUGAACAUGAAGAGCGCCGUGAUGACGUUGUACAUCGCAAGGAAGACCGCGAUGACCAGCGCGUUCGCAGUCACAAAUACAGGCGACAGCAGGAUCGUGCACACGAUCGUCACGGGUAGCAAGGUGAUCAUGAGCACUUCAAGACCGUCAACCGUUACGUGAGAUGACAAAUAUCAUUCCUUCGUCCCAAUCUCAACCGACAAAACGAUAACGCAGCCGUUUAAGAGGAACCGAAUCUCCCGUUUCGCUCUCGACUUUUCCUCGGAACUGCGCAACGCUAACUACUUGUACAGCUCGCGCCGAGAUCAAAGAUAUCACAUCGGGAAAAAUCAAUCUGUGCUGUUUCGCAGAGGAUGUUACUACCGAUCAGAGAGGAAACAACGAUCGUUAACUCGAGAAUGUUCUCCUCCAUCAAUCUCUGGUUUUUCCUCAGUGCCGAAUUUUUAAUCGGUGCUGUCAUAUCUGCCAUCUUAGUCCUCCUUAGUGUAAUAAAGUCACUUUUACCAAAACCUCCGAGGGACUUAACCGGCGAUGUAGUUUUAAUAGUCGGCGCUUCCUCGACCCUCGGUGAGUUCUUAGCAGAGGAAUUCGCGGAGAGCGGAUGUUCCGUGAUCUGCGUGGAUAACGACCUCCGAUCGCUCAAGGAGAUAACCGCGAAGCUGAAGUCGCGAUACUGCCGAGUGGAGGAAAUCGGACCGCUGUAUAACGACGGGGGGGAAGAGUCGCGGGAGGUACAGCCGACAAUAGUGGCGUACGAGUGCGACCUGCUGGACUGCAACGCCGUCCGUAAGAUCGCCAAGAAGGUCGAGGACGAGGUCGGUGGCAUCGACAUCUUAGUGACUUGCGCCGGCCAGCCUAAUCAGGAUAUUUUCGAUACAGCCAGUACGACUCUCAUGAGUCACCACUGGGCGACGCUGGCAUUUUUGCCGUACAUGUUACGGCGCAACCGAAAGACGCAUAUUGUCGGAAUCACUCCAGUUGCGUCCACGCACGACAGAUACAUGGCUUCGAGGACCGCGAUUGCUGGUCUCAUGGAAAGUAUAAGUCAAGAAUUGAGCAAUCACAGCAGUCACCUCACUUUCCUCGCGGUGUCGCCGACGUUGGAGCACAGCUCGAUGAGGGAAAGUGAGCAACAAGUGGCGAAGGAAGUUGUCCAGGCGAUCAGGAAGGAUCAGUGCAAUGUGCACGUCAGUUGGAGCUCCAAGAUACUAUACCGACUAAGCCGCAUGAUGUAUGGCGCAAUCACGUCGGUCACACAAUAGCUUCACACGCGGGGAGAUGUGAUUAUUCCCUUUAAAUCCUGUUCGUGCUCAUGGAGCGUGAAGCAUUCCAGAGCCGAGCGCCGACAUGAGUGUGGGAAUUCGCGUUUUCAAUGUCGGCGGAUUCACUCCAGAUGGACGGCGAAAAAAAGCUUUAACGAAUGGCCGAAGCUCGUCUAACGAGCGUCUUCCCACGAGUGGUGCAAGGAUCGAUAGAGACCUCGGGCAUUCGCCCGUAGAUUCAAUAAAUCAAACGUCGCGAUUUUCAGGAAGAAUUUUCCGCCACGGAUCCUCGAAUCCUUUUAUCCACGAAUGCAACUCGCUCGCACAUUUCUCACCAAACGUUAAAGGCAUACAAUAUCACGUCAUUUGCAAACUCCAUUUGCACGAUAUUCAUCAUCGAUUUGUUAUUAUUAUUUAUUUGUCAAUCAUCUCUCGAUCUCCAGUGAUCGACCAAUAAAUUUAAAACGCCA